GACUGCAUUUGUGAAUGACUAAAAAGGGUAUUCUCUUCCAAAAAGGGAACAUAAGCCUCCCAGACACUGUCUUUUGGAAAACGGAUGGAUGUGUUACUAAGAUCAACGACAGUGUGGUGGAGUGUAUCUGUAACCACGCUACCCCGUUUGCCGUGCUGCUGAUCGCUGACCUAUCUAUUGGCAGUGUGCACUGGCAGGUCUUGUCUUACAUCAGCUAUAUUGGCUGUGGCUUGUCGGCCUUCUUCACAGCCAUAUCCUUCCUCACCUACGUCAUUACCACGAACUCCAGGGUGGACAACGCCAACAGCAUCCACGUGUCACUAAGCGGGGCUUUGUUUCUGCUCAACACCUCUUUCCUGCUCAACGAGUGGGGGGCCAGCCUGAACAUCAGGGGCGUGUGUAUCUUCAUUGCGGCGGCCAUUCAUUACAGCCUCCUCAGCUGUUUCACCUGGAUGGCCAUUGAAGCUGUCCACCUGUAUCUCCUCCUGGUCAAGGUGUUCAACACUUACUACCGACACUAUAUGGCCAAGCUGUCUGCCAUUGGCUGGGGGGUCCCUGGUAUCAUUGUGGGAGUUUCAUUGGCAGUCAAGGAUGUCAAACCAUUAUAUGGACCUACAAAAAUGACUAUGGCAGACACUAACCAGACAAAUACAAUCUGCUGGAUCAUGGACAUCCCCUUCUUCUACGGUAUGAACCUGGCCUACUUCAUCCUCAUCUUUGUCUUUAACUCUGGAAUUCUGUUAAUGGUGACCACCCGGAUCUGCCAGCUGCAGUGCUAUGACAGUAAGGGCAAGCCUGGGAAGGCAAGCCUGGCCUGGAAGGACAUCUGCACCGUCCUGGGUCUGACCUGCCUGCUGGGCAUCACCUGGGGCCUGGCCUUCUUCAGCUAUGGCUAUGUCAACCUUCCCAUCCUCUACCUGUUCAGCAUUUUCAACUCCCUCCAAGGAUUCUUUAUAUUCCUAUGGAUCUGUGGCACUGCCAGGAAAGACAGGAGCACAUCAGCAGCUCUGAACACCUCUACAGCCAAACCCAAGGAGGAGAUGUAACCUGGCAAGAACCCCGACCAGUAAACAAUGUCUGUCCACAAUGGAGAUCACUCAUAUCUACUUAGAUGGCAAGGGGAGUUUUUGCUUUGUGUCUAAUGGCAUGUGCAUUGUUUCUUUCUUUCUCUUUCACAAAUAUCAUUCCCCUUGCCAUCUAAGAGGUAGUCACCUCAAACAAGUACUUGGGAGUAUGGCUAGACGGUACAUUGUCCUUCUCUCAGCACAUAUCAAAGCUGCAGAUUAAAGUUAAAUCUAGACUUAGUUUCCUCUAUCGUAAUCGCUCUUCUUUCACCCCAGCUACCAAACUAACCCUGAUUCAGAUGACCAUCCUACCCAUGCUAGAUUAGAGAAACAUAAUUUGUAGAUCGGCAGGUAAGGGUGCUCUCGAGCGGCUAGAGGUUCUUUACCAUUCGACCAUUUGAUUUGCCACCAAUGCUCAUUAUAGGACACAUCACUGCACUCUAUACUCCUCUGUAAACUGGUCAUCUCUGUAUACCUGUUGCAAGAUCCACUGGUUGAUGCUCAUUUAUAAAACCCUCUUAGGCCUCACUCCCCCCUAUCUGAGAUAUCUACUGCAGCCCUCAUCCUCCACAUUCAACAGCCGUUCUGCCAGUCACAUUCUGUUAAAGGUCCCCAAAGCACACACAUCCCUGGGUUGCUCGUCUUUUCAGUUCACUGCAGCUAGCGACUGGAACGAGCUGCAACAAACACUCAAACGGGACAGUUUUAUCUCAAUCUCUUCAUUCAAAGACUCAAUCAUGGACACUCUUACUGACAGUUGUGGCUGUUGUCUCUACCUUCUUGCCCUUUGAACUGUUGUCUGUGCCCAAUAAUGUUUGUACCAUGUUUUGUGCUGCUACCAUGUUGUGUUGCUACCAUGCUGUGUUGUAAUGUGUUGCCGCCUUGCUAUGUUGUUGUCUUAGGUCUCUCUUUAUGUAGUGUUGUGUUGUCUCUCUUGUCGUGAUGUGUGUUAUGUCCUAUAUUUAUAUUUAUUCAUUUUUGAAAAUCCCGUCCCCACAGGAGGCCUUUUGACUUUUGGUAGG